AAUUAAGCCGUUGACUGUCGCUUGCAGUAUUAGUGUUCUGUUCGUUUUCGACAUCACCGUGUACAUUGUGUUUCCGACUUAUACGUACUGACUGGUUCCCUAUUUAUAUUACUUAAUAAGAUACGAAUUGUUUUUGCCUACUUUACCAACAUCUCUCGUGGUUACAUCAACUGUCUUUUCAGAAGUCAACCAUCUUAGGAAUAAGCAUGUCAAACAAUAAGGGCAAUACACUCCGGGGACGCAAGGAGCGCUUACAACAAAUUUUCCGCCAAAUAAUAGAAGAGCUCGAUAUGUCGCUUGCUCAAGCGCCGGCACUGCUCACCUCGCCUCAAGCCGCUCAGGAAGCAAGUUUGUAUCAGAUUUUUAUGGAACCGAUAGCAAGGGCUUUAUACUACAGGGGUCUUAAAGACGGGCGGACGGCCACCAUCUGUGAAACACGGAGGGCACUUGAAACUGUUUCCGUGUUUCCUCGGUCAUUACCAGGGGAAAGGACGCUAUCAUUUGUUUCAGCCGUGUCCAUCACAUCAGCAUCGACAGGCCGACCAACGGACCGAAAUCGUCAGUCCGCUAUUACUUGCGUGACUGCUACGAACUCCUCGCUACAGAGAGUCAACAUGGGGGCGAGCACGUCCGCUGGAACGCGUCCUGCACUUCCCCGCAAAAGAAAACUUUGUCCUUCCGACAUUCGUCGAAGGGAAUACAAACGUAAGAUAUUUCUGGAGAGAAAAGAAAAUGAGAGAAAAACAGCCUCUGGCAUAGCAGUGACAACCAACGUGAGAAGUCUGAUACCUCUGACAGGGAAGCCACAGACAACGCCCUUGCCACUGAUUACUCCGCCGAUAGCUAGACCACAAACUCCGGUGACGGCCAUGAUCCGAUACACCGUUAACCCAUUGGUUAUACCAUCAUCAACUCCACUGGGACCGCCAACUGGCAACGACAUCAGCUCGACACCCACUGUGUCUGAAGAAGAAGCUACGGAUAUACUGAACGAUAUCGUAGAGGCUUUUUUUUCUUGUCCCACAUCUCCUUCCGCUUCUAGUUCCCCUCGUCCCACAUAAUCAGACAAGUCUUACAAACUUCUCUUUUUCUAUUUUUCUCCCCCUAUUACACACAGAAGGGAAGGAAAUCCUUCUUAUUCUCCAAAUCAUCCAUAUCCCACGGAUGACAAAGCUAUUAGUCCGUAAUACAUGGACUGGACUGCCUGUCUUCGUCUACCAGGAAGUCCGUACAUUUUCGGACUGAUAAUAAUAUUUCAUAUCAAUAUUCUAUAUACUUUUCAGAAAUGUUAUCUCUAUUUGUAAUAGUUUCUUCCGUGAUCAUUUUCUUUUCCGUUCUUUCAUAGCAACUACUACUAUCAAUCUCCAUAAUUUUAGCAUUAUUAUUCUUACUUUCUGUUAUUUCUUUACUAUAGUUAUUUUUUGUUAUUUCGUUAGUAUCAAUGAUCAUAAUUUCAUCAGAAUUACUAUAGUAAUUUUUUAAACUGUUAACAAAUAUAUUAUCGCUAUUAUAAAAAUUUCAUAAAAAAUAACAUCCCCAAGAAUUUGAAUUAUUUUCUAUAUUGCUUUUUAUUAUACUUGAUGGAUAGCUUUUUUACUUGUUAUAGUAUUUCUAUAAAAAACCUAUUUGCCUCUCGUUAUAUUUUAUAAUGAUCUAUUUCUUUUUCUGAAAUAGGAAUAUUACCAUUUCUAAAUAGAGUAUGAGUAGGGUCGAUAGUUACAAAAUCAAAAACAUGCAUAACAAUUUUUCUUCAGCUCUAUAUAAUUAUAUAACUAUAUAAUUUAUUAAUAAAAGUGAAGCAUUUAAUAUUAAAAUAUCAAUAAUGCUUUUUAAAAUAUUGAUAGUAGUAGUUAAGUCAUCUGAAUAUUUUUAUGUAAAUGUUUUAAAAAUAUAGCUUGUUUAUACUUAUCAUAGCAAAAACAUCACGAUUAAUAUAGUAAUUUUUUUCUUAAUAUAUUAAAUACUCUUUAUAAUUACUUAAUCUUAAUACUUUUCUGGUACAAACUCGUUACGAAAUUUGAUAAAUGUAUCAUUUUUUUGAUUUUAUCUUGGAUAUUAUUUGGAUUAAUUAAAUUACCCUCUCUAUAAUCUAAAAGGUAAUUUUAUAAUAUAGUAUAGUCUCGACGAAAUACUCGAAGGAGAUAUUAAUUUCUAUACGUGUUUCAAGUAUUUAUUUCAUUACUUUAAAUUGAAACGUCUGCGAUAGAGAGAUCUGAA